AUGGGCAUCCUAACAGCUGCCUCAACAGCUGCAAAGGCCGCCCUAACCAUAGGCGGUCUCAGCAAGCUGACUUUCAUCCCCGCAAUGUUAGCAGCGAUGGCCUAUUUCAACUACGACCUUCUUGACCCUGAGAAUCGACCCUUCAACCAAAAAUACCUCAGAGAGGAAUACGACUUCAUCGUGGUUGGGGGAGGCUCGGCUGGUGCUGUGGUGGCUAACAGACUAUCUGAAGUUGAAGGUUGGAAUGUUCUUCUGCUGGAGGCAGGAGGUCACGAAACCGAUAUAAGCGAUGUGCCGUUACUAUCUUUGUAUUUGCAUAAGAGUAAACUGGAUUGGAAAUAUCGGACACAGCCACAAGAUUCCGCCUGCCAAGCUAUGAUCGACAAACGCUGUUCCUGGACAAAAGGAAAAGUCUUGGGAGGAUCUUCUGUACUCAAUACAAUGCUCUACAUUCGUGGAAACAAGAGGGACUUUGAUCAAUGGGAGUCUUUUGGCAACCCUGGUUGGGGUUACAAAGACGUCUUACCUUACUUCAAGAAAUCUGAAGACCAGAGAAACCCGUAUUUGGCUAAAGAUAAAAAGCAUCAUGCUGUUGGCGGUUACCUAUCUGUACAAGAUGCACCCUACAAUACUCCUAUCGGGGCAUCAUUUCUUCAAGCGGGAGAAGAAAUGGGGUAUGACAUAAUCGAUGUGAAUGGCGCUCAACAAACUGGCUAUGGUUGGUACCAAUUCACAAUGCGAAGAGGUUCUAGAUGCUCUACCGCCAAGGCCUUUCUCAGGCCUGUUAGAUUACGUCAAAACCUACAUAUUGCUCUAUUUUCCCACGUUACCAAAGUACUCAUAGACAAAGACAGAAAACGUGCGUACGGUGUUGAAUUUAUACGAGAUAAUAAGAAGCAAGUCGUUUACGCAAAACGAGAGGUCAUACUAUCAGCUGGAGCGAUAGCGUCACCACAACUCUUAAUGUUAUCGGGAGUCGGCCCUGCUGAACAUCUUAAAGAAGUUGGUAUUGAUGUGAUCUACGAUUCUCCCGGGGUUGGGAGAAACCUUCAAGAUCACAUUGCUGUUGGUGGGAUUGUGUUCCAGGUGGACUACCCAAUCAGUUUAGUUAUGAAUAGACUUGUGAAUAUAAAUUCGGCGUUACGUUACGCCGUUUCCGAAGACGGACCGCUUACUUCUAGUAUUGGAUUAGAAGUUGUUUCUUUUAUUAACACAAAAUAUGCAAACGCAUCAGACGACUGGCCCGAUAUAGAGUUUAUGAUGACCUCAGCGUCCACACCAUCUGAUGGCGGAUCACAAGUGAAGAAGGCGCAUAGUUUAACUGAUGAAUUUUACGAUGAAGUAUUUGGGCAUAUUACAAACAAGGAUGUUUUCGGUAUAUUUCCCAUGAUGCUCCGACCAAAGAGUCGUGGAUUUAUAAAGCUACGCUCAAAAAAUCCCCUAGACUACCCACUGAUGUACCACAACUAUUUGACACAUCCAGAUGAUGUCGGAGUUCUCAGAGAGGGGGUUAAGGCUGCUCUCGCUGUGGCUGAAACGAAAGCUAUGAAGCGAUUGGGUGCUAGGUUUAACAACAAACCUGCCCCUAACUGUAAACACCUUCCGCUAUAUACCGACGAAUACUGGGAUUGCUACAUACGACAAUAUACAAUGACAAUUUAUCACUUAUCAUGUUCUGCAAAAAUGGGUCCAGAAUCAGAUCCAAUGGCUGUAGUAGACCCUAAACUAAGGGUUUACGGUGUCGAGGGCCUACGUGUCAUAGACGCCAGCAUAAUGCCUGCCGUAACGAAUGGCAACAUAAAUGCGCCUGUUAUAAUGAUUGCUGAGAAAGGCAGCGAUUUAAUCAAAGAAACCUGGCUGGGUAAAGCUAAAAAAAGAAAACGUAGAGAACAGUGUUCGAGAUUAGAGCAACUUCUUGAAAAUAGAUCAAUGUGUGCAAUAGAAAGAUGA